AUGUCGGGUGCUCCGUUGAACGCAGCUCCUCCCCAGGAGACCCUGGAAGCAAGGGAACAGGGACAAUGCCGUAUCUGCCUUGAGUACGGUGGACCAGAUCUUAUUGCUCCAUGCCUUUGCAAAGGCAGCGGCAAGUGGGUUCAUCGUCGCUGUUUGGACUACUGGCGGGCACGUGGUCAAGGGUCUCGCACUUUCACUCAUUGUCCAAAUUGUCAUUUCGCCUAUUUGAUGGAGUUGAUGCGCGCACCCACGGAGACAGAGCAGCGUUUGCGUGAGCGGCGUCGCGCUGUGCUGCGGCAAGCUGCUGUUCAUUUUCUCUUGGGAGUUCUCUUGUUGCAGCUGUUGCUUUGCAUAGUUGCUGUGCUCAUCAGGUUGGUGGAUAGUGAUGAAGAGUUGGUGGACAUCAUGCCCUUUUGGAGUCCGGUCCUCCCCGGCGAGUCGAAGCGCUCCUUUUUCCAAGCGUUCCGAUACCACAAGACCACCUACUACUUUGCCUCAGUGGUGUUCUGCUUGGCCAUGACAGGUCUGGGGGUGAUCAUCUACUACACUGCCAAGCUUUGUGCCAAGUGCUGCGCGAGAAGAGGCAGAGGUGAUGGGCAUCAGUGCGACUUCGACUGCUGCGAUGUCUAUUGCAACACCUGCUGCUGCUGCUCGCAGCGGUCGGACUACGGGAGUCGCUCAGUCUUCAUCUACAACACUGGUGGCUAUCACGGCCACCAUGGUGGGGACUGCUGCUGUACAGAUUGUUGCGACUCGUGUUGCAAUGCGCCCUGCUGCGACAACUGCUGCGACAACUGUCCAACAUUCUCUUCCAGUGGCAGCAGUUUCGGAAGUGGCGGGAGCGGUGGCAGCAGCAACAACAACAACGGCGGGGUGCUGGCAGUCGUUUUCUUGGUGAUCUUGGCGUUCCUGGUGUUGAUUGGCCUUUUCUUUGCUAUGGCCGCCCUGGUUGCCUGGAUCCAAAAAGUGGCUCAGAAGUACGUGGCCUUGAAGGAGCUCCAAGUGCUGACGGGGGAGUACAUUGUCAAAGACCUGUCAGAGCUGGAAAAGCAGUACAACAAUGGCCAGAAUGGCCAGGAUUUGGAACAAGGGCAGCAGAAUAUCGAGGAUAUCCAGCCCUCAGCUCCUCCAGCUCCGCUUUGGGUCCCCAUGAUGCCAGAGGAGGUUCAGACCAACUUGUACCGUGACCUUCAAGCAGUGUAUGGCAUCGAAGCUCGUUGA